UAUGAGUUCGUUAAACGAACCGCCUGUCCUUGGUGCAGGCCAGCAGAUCGGAACUCGAUUAAAAGGAUGGUUCUUCGGUGCGGCUAUGUUGUUAUCCGCAUUUUUUGGCGUUCUCUACAUUGUCACUCCACUGGUCGUCUUGCUGUUCCUGAAGCCACGGCUUUGGCGACAAAUGCUUGAUCGACUAGUCGGAAUUUGGGUUAUCAUGCCCGGUGCCCUAUGCAACUACAUCUUCGGCGCCAACAUUCGAAUCAAGGGAGACUUUAUCAAUCAUGAAGAGCCUGCUCUGAUCAUUAUGAACCACCGAACCAGAUUAGAUUGGCUCUUUUUCUGGAAUGCUUUGUAUAAAAUGGAUCCAUGGUUGUGCACUACUGAAAAGAUCUCACUGAAAGGAAUGCUCAAAUAUGUGCCUGGAGCUGGAUGGGCAAUGCAAGCCGCCUCGUACAUCUUUUUGGAUCGAUCAUUUGAUACUGACAAAACUAAAUUAGAUAAUAUUCUCAACUACUACGCAGAAACUGAAUACAAGUAUCAGCUUCUUCUGUUCCCAGAAGGAACCGAUAAAUGCCCGAAAGCCACCGAAAGAAGUCGAAUUCAUUCGGAAAAGAAGGGACUCGUUCACUAUCAAUAUGUUCUUCAUCCACGUGUAACUGGUUUCGUGCACAUUGUGCAAGCAAUGAGAAGAGCCAAUAAUAUCAAAUACAUUUAUGAUGUCAGUAUUGGAUUCGGAGAUGCCAUUGUACAAUCAGAGUUGGACAUUUUCGCACACGGAGUUUGUCCGAAAGAGGUCUUCUAUCAAGUUAUCAAAUACCCAAUCGAGGCAAUUCCGCAAACUGAUGAAGCUUUAGGACAGUGGCUUGUCAAUUUAUGGAGGAAUAAAGAAGAAAAACUUAAGAGAUUCUACGAAAUGCCACGUAACGUGCGACAGUUCCCAGACACACCGGAUGGAGUUGAAUACGAGCUGGACAACAACACAGACCGCGCACAAAAAGGGCUUAUUGGAUUCUGGUGUUUCACUACUGUUUUCUGGAUGUUUAUGUUCUUUGAGAGUGCCUUCAUGUUCUACUGGGCGAUUAUAGCAUGUGUCUUCUACGCAGCAGUUCACAAGUUCUACGGAGGACUUGAAUUCCUCGCAAUCGACCGAUUUAAUCAUUCGAAACAAUAUGGAGUUGUUGGUCAAGAGCCGGAAGUUCUGAAUACAUAGAGCUUUUAAUGUUUUUUAUAUACUAUUUCUUCUCGUGUCUCGUUACUUGAGUGCUUGCCAUCCCAAUUCUCGUCCAUUUUUACGCAUACUCGAAACCUCGAUUCAAUCGAUUCAAAUGCUCACUGUCGAAUGAUGAAUGACAGAAUUUUAAAUAUCACGCAUAUAUGCAUUGGAACAGUGUACGGAUUCAUGUCUAAUGUUAUGUCAAUAAAUCAUGAUUUUCUG